UCCUCCCCAACACAAACUCACUGCACUUACCUACUUACCCUUAAAACCUCCACACUGAUCACCACUACUUCAAACUCCACCUUAACUAACAUGCCUGAUCAUCAAGACAUGGCUGAAACCACCAACAACGAUAACCCCACCGAAACACCUGUCGUUCUGACAGUCGAACAAGACAAUAAGCCCACAGACACGAACGAGGAACAAUCAGUCGAUCCUAAACCCGACGAGAAACUCGCGCAACACGAAUCGACUAACAUGGGGAGAUUCGUGCUCCCAGUAGUAGCCUUACUCACGUUCCUGCUUUCGAUCCCGUUCCUCUUUGAAGCAAUAUGGCUGCUAUACGUGCAGCAGCACGACUGCGAAAAGCUGCUGAAGAGCCUGCCGGGAUUGCAAAUAGGCAUAGCCGUCGGCCUGUUCUGCGUGUUCUUGGUUAGCAAUGUGGUUGUGUACUUGAGGGCUAGAUGGUCGCUGGCACCCGGGCUGAUCGUAAUGAAGAUUGCGUUGGUGUUGAUGUUCGUCGUCGGGCUUACUCUUAGAGGCAGCUUUGAGGGGGAGACACGACAGAUUCCGGCCUCUCCUGGUUGGUUCAAGGUCGAGGUUGAGGAUGAUGGUAACUGGGAUAACAUCAAAUCAUGCUUGUAUGAUACGAAGAUGUGCAGGGAUUUGAUGUCCAGAUCUUACUAUCCCAUGCCCACUCAUUUGUCUCCAAUUGAGGGUGGAUGCUGCGAUCCGCCAUCAAUCUGUGAGAUGGAGUACGUGAACAUGGGCUACUGGAUAAAACCCAACGAGACGAUGAACACGGACGGACAAUACGACAAGGACUGCGAUGUGUGGCAGAACAACGAAACGGUGUUGUGCUACGACUGUCAGGCUUGUAAACGAGGGUUCGUUAAGACGUUGGAGGGGAAAUGGGUGAGAAUUGGGACAUUCCUUGUAGUGAUGUCUCUGUUGCUUAUGAUUUUUCAUCUGCUGCUCUUUGUUACUACAAUGUGGGAGCAGCAGAAGUUAACGUAGGCAUACAUGUGUUCUUUGGUUUUGU